ACCAACAUCCAGAUUUGUGAGCAGGAAAUCGAAGUACUCCAGCUCGAAGUCUAGGCGAAGAAGCAGAGCAAGCAAUCAUCAAUGGAGAAGGGCACGCCUGCGCUCGGUUGGGCCGCGAGAGACGAGUCCGGUCUCCUCUCCCCUUACAGCUUCUCGCGAAGGGUCCAGAAGGACGACGAUGUGACGAUCAAGGUGCUCUUCUGCGGGAUCUGCCACACUGACCUCCACAUCGCCAAGAACGAGUGGGGCAACGCCCUCUACCCCAUCGUUCCAGGGCAUGAGAUCGUUGGCGUCGUCACCGACGUCGGCCCUGGCGUCGAGAGCUUCAAGGCCGGGGACACGGUGGGCGUGGGCUACUUCAUCGACUCCUGCCGCUCGUGCGACACCUGCAGCAAGGGGUACGAGAACUACUGCUCCACCCUCGUGCUCACCUCCAACGGCGUGGACUACGACGGCGCUACCACCCAGGGGGGUUUCUCCGACGUGCUCGUCGUCAAUCAGGACUACGUCCUCCGCGUCCCGGAGAGCCUGUCUCUCGCCGGGGCGGCGCCGCUGCUCUGCGCCGGCGUCACGGUGUACAGCCCGAUGAUGCAGUACGGCCUCAACGCGCCGGGGAAGCACCUCGGCGUCGUCGGCCUCGGGGGCCUCGGCCACAUGGCCGUCAAGUUCGGCAAGGCGUUCAGGAUGACCGUCACCGUAAUCAGCUCGUCGCCGAGGAAGCGCGAGGAGGCGCUCGAGCGCCUCGGCGCCGACGCGUUCUUGGUCAGCCAAGACGCCGAGCAAAUGAAGGCUGCGGCGGGCACGAUGGACGGAAUCAUCGACACGGUGUCGGCGGGGCACCCGCUCGUGCCACUGCUGGAGCUGCUGAAGCCGAUGGGGCAGAUGGUGGUGGUCGGCGCGCCGAGCGAGCCGCUGGCGCUGCCGGCCUACGCCAUCAUCGGAGGCGGCAAGCGCGUAGCCGGGAACGGUGUGGGCAGCGUCAGCAGCUGCCAGGCGAUGCUGGACUUCGCGGGGAAGCACGGCAUCACCGCGGACGUCGAGGUCGUCAAGAUGGACUACGUCAACACGGCGGUGGAGCGGCUGGAGAGGAACGACGUGAGGUACCGCUUCGUCAUCGACGUUGCCGGCAGCCAGCUGGACGCCGCCGCUUAGUGCUCCGACACGUAGGUGCUCGGUGGUCACCAGCCACGCGAGGUCGUGAUUUGUGGUGUUGUUAUUUCCAUGCGUCGGUGUGUGCAUUUCCAGAUUUUCAGGUGAAAUAAUUGCUUCGCGUGUUGUUUGUUCUGGC